GAGGAGGGGAUAGCCUAAGAGGAAGGAAACGGCGAGGGCUUCAUCAACAGACAGAGGAGUCUCUUGUCAGGCUGAUAGAAGGCUGGCUCUAUCAAAUGAAAGCCUGACACGGGAUACGCCACGGAAAUCUCUCUGGCUGAGAUAACCUAGUCGACGUUUACAGAAAAUAAUUCCAGCGGCUGGAGAUCCAGAUGUUUACGUAAAACAAGCUGUCAAUCGUUCUUGGAACUGGAACUUUCAUCGCAUUUUGAUUCUCUCUGUGCUGCUUGGGGAGGGAGGGAGGGGGGGGGGGGGCUACAACGGUGCCACAUUUAACUCGUUUGCGUCACGCUUUGGAGUUUCCUCCCUGGUUAGACAUUUGGCGUUUGCUGAGGUUUUGGGACCAAAACCGAAAUUCCAGACCAUUUUUGGCUGCUGGGCUAAAGCUGCGUUCUCUGAUGGGUUACAUGGCGUGCGUUUGAUCCUGGGGUGCGCGCUGCGCGAUGGCCGCGUCGGGCGGACGGAAGAGCGAGAAGUUGGACGAGGCACAGGCGUUGGCCCGGAGCUGCGCGGGGAGACCGGACUUUCUCCCGUGCGACGGACUGUCCAUCUGCGCGACACACAGCCACGGGAAGUGCUUCAAGCUCCACUGGUGCUGCCACUUGGGCUGGUGUCACUGUAAAUAUGUGUACCAGCCGAUGACCAACGUGUGCCGCCUCCCCAGCACCCCAGUGCCUGCCACGCCCACAGACAACCCCCAUACCAUGGACCUGACAGUCUCAUUGGCCGAACGCUUCCUCAUGACCGCCCCCUCCUUCCAAGCCCCGCCCUGCCUGGAGUCGCCCAAGUUCUGCAUGAUCUCAGACCUCUUCGUGGACGACUACAUGGUCAAACGCAUCAAUGGGAAGAUGUGCUAUGUUCAGAGACCUCAACCUUCGACCAUGCCCAGCCCGCCUCAAUCACAUCCCCCUCACCCACGUAACCCCCAGCCCCGGUCCAAACCCCAUCCCCACCCCCAACGGACCCCCAGACACCACCCACACCCCCAGGGCAUCAAGCCCAGUGCCCUGGGGGACAAGGUCACCACCCCCAAAAUAGACCACUGCUCCUCCCCGUCCAGCUCUGAGGAUUCUGGGAUAAAUGCGCUGAGCGGCCAUUACAUGGAGUCAUGUGACGAGGGUUCUGAGGAAGAGGAGGAAGAUGAGGAGGAGGAGGAGGAAGUGGAGGAGGAUGAAGAGUUAAGUAGUGAUGGAGAGUCUAGUCCACUAAGCAUGUGGAAUCAAGAUGAGAGUUCUCUGCUCUCUCCGUCCAAGUCUAUGGUGGAGAUUAUUGAGAAGAUUGAGACAACUGUGUGAGACAACUUGCACUGUCACGUUGAAAUAGAAACGAUGAGACAGUGAUCUAGCCGGUUCAGCUUAGAGCCACACACUCAAACACACACACACACACACACUAGCCUGUCAACGUUCCUCUAACUACAGUAUACUAAUCGUACAACACCAAAACAGUGACCUGUUACAUAUGAACUUUGACCUUUCACCUGUUAUAGCAUGGUUACCUACGACCUUUCACCCUGUUAUAGCAUGGUUACCUACGACCUUUCACCCUGUUAUAGCAUGGUGUACCUACGACCUUUCACCCUGUUAUAGCAUGGUUACCUACGACCUUUCACCCUUUUAUAGCAUGGUGUACCUACCCCAUUCUACUCUACUCUGGAGGGAUUUCACUUAUCUUUCCAAACCAGUAGUCAGCUGAAAGAACCCACAAAUGAACCAGAGCAGAAAUGUAGGAAUAAGUGAAGUGAUCUAGUCUAUGACCCGACACACUUAAAGAAGAGAUGUGACCAAACAGAUUCUGAGGAUUCUAAAUCAUGAGGCUACUACUUUUUAUACAACAAUCAAGGUUGAAACCCAAAUGGCACCCGAUUCCCUAUGUAGUGCACUACUUUAGACCAGGGCCCAUAGGGGAUAGUGCACUACUUUAGACCAGGGCCCAUAGGGGAUAGUGCACUACUGUAGACCAGGGCCCAUAGGGGAUAGUGCACUACUUUAGACCAGGGCCCAUAGGGGAUAGUGCACUACUUUAGACCAGGGCCCAUAGGGGAUAGUGCACUACUGUAGACCAGGGCCCAUAGGGGAUAGUGCACUACUUUAGACCAGGGCCCACAGAGGAUAGUGCACUACUUUAGACCAGGGCCCAUAGGGGAUAGUGCACUACUUUAGACCAGGGCCCAUAGGGGAUAGUGCACUACUUUAGACCAGGGCCCAUAGGGGAUAGUGCACUACUUUAGACCAGGGCCCAUAGGGGAUAGUGCACUACUUUAGACCAGGGCCCAUAGAGGAUAGUGCACUACUUUAGACCAGGGCCCAUAGGGGAUAGUGCACUACUGUAGACCAGGGCCCAUAGGGGAUAGUGCACUACUGUAGACCAGGGCCCAUAGGGGAUAGUGCACUACUGUAGACCAGGGCCCACAGGGGAUAGUGCACUACUUUAGACCAGGGCCCAUAGGGGAUAGUGCACUACUUUAGACCAGGACCCAUAGAGGAUAGUGCACUACUGUAGGGGAUAGUGCAGGGCCUAUAGGGGAUAGUGCACUACUUUAGACCAGGGCUCAUAGGGGAUAGUGCACUACUGUUGACCAGGGCCCAUAGGGGAUAGUGCAAUACUGUUGACCAGGGCCCAUAGGGGAUAGUGCACUACUUUAGACCAGGGCCCAAAGAGGAUAGUGCACUACUGUUGAUCAGGACACAUAGAAUAUAAUGCACUACUGUUGACCAGGGCCCAUAGGGGAUAGUGCACUACUGUAGACCAGGGCCCAUAGGGGAUAGUGCUCUACUGUAGACCAGGGCCCACAGGGGAUAGUGCACUACUGUUGACCAGGGCCCAUAGGGGAUAGUGCACUACUUUAGACCAGGGCCCACAGGGGAUAGUGCACUACUGUUGACCAGGGCCCAUAGGGGAUAUGUAGAAAAAAGGGUGCCAUUUGGCACAGAUUCCACAUGUUACAUCACUAGUGUACUAAGAAGUAUCUUCACAAACUUACAUCACAAACACAGGAGAGGAGAG